GCCUGGUUAUUAUGAAGUGUGCUCGUUAGCACCGGACGCUGCUCGGAGGUCGGUGCCGGUGCUGCGGUGAGUCCCGGGGCCGCUGCGUCGUCUCUUUGAUUCGUUGUGGAGGGUUAGCUGGCGGCGGGCGGAGCGCUGAGCGCGGCUCUUUAAUAACAACGUUACUGGGUCAACACACCGAGCCCCGCCGCUGUCUGCCGGCCCGCUGCACCACCGGAGCCGCCGCAGCCUGGAACACCUGCCGUCCGACCAGGUCCGUUACCGGGGCAACUGCUCAAUGACCAUGUCCUUGUGAGAGUGGGCGGGGCUACCUGGCCCUGAGCUGUAAGGAGGAGGAGGAGUCUCAGCCCUUGGCCUCACCCCCUCCUCCUCCUGCCGCUGACUAAACGGCUGGACGCACAGACGGGCGUGGCUCGCCCCUUCUUCCUCCUCCCCUCUCUUCCCCAUUCUCUCCCCCUCCCACCCACUGCACACCUCCCCACCCCAUCUCCCCGCUCUGCCCCCCCAUCCCUGGCCACCAUGCUGUGGUCACGCUGCUGGUGGAAAACCUGAGGAAGACUCUGGAAGGCGACCCUGCUCAGCCAGGGGACUUCUACCUGUCCCUGCUGGACCCCCACUCCCUCGCUGAGUGCUGCCCCCCUCAUGGCUUGAUGCCUGAGAGCAGCUACUGGCAGCUCUGCCCUCCCUCUAAGUCCGGCCUGCAGGGGGGGUUGCUGAGCUCUAGUUUCCCGCCCGGCCCUGUGCCGCUGGUGCCGCCCGAUGCUCACCUGCAGGAGGGGGCCGACCCCCUGGACCGGACCGCCCCUCCGCCUCCGCAGCACCGGCCCCUGGCGCCCAGCACCUCAGCGUCAGAGCUGUCCCUGCCCGGGGCGCCACCGGCAGCACCGCCUCCUGCGCCCGGCCUCCCUCCCCCUCCCCCUCCGCCCCCCAAACGCCACUGCCGGUCACUGUCGGUGCCCGAGGACCUGUCCCGCUGCCGUUACACCUGGCGACCCAGCGCGUCACGGGUCUGGACCCCCGUCAGUCGCCAGCAAUGCCACGGCGGAGUUGGGGGAGGAGUUACCGGUGGGGGGGCAGGGAUGGGAGGAGGGAUUAUGGGGGCAGGUGCAGCUGGGGGCGGGGUCUGUCCUCUCCGUGCUCCCAGCUCCUCUCUGAACUCGUCGCUGCACUCCUCGUCCAGCCCCACCUUCUUCAGCUUGGCGCUGUCUCCGGACUCGCCGCUGCCCUGGAGCUUCCCCUGGGACGCUAGUGAGGCAGCGGCAGGGGGCGGGGCCUGCUGCUGCUUCUUUCCCUCCCCCUCCUCCUGCUCCUCCUCACCCUCUCCCCUCCACCCGCCUCCCCCUCCUCAGAGGCGUUUCUCUCUCUCCCCCGUGCUCAUCAGAGACUCUGCAGCCUCCGCCUUCCUGCCUCCACCCCCCGUGCCGAGCCAGGCGCCGCGGCCGCCCCCGACAGGUGGCCCCGCGCCUGGCGGGGCGGCUGUGGGGGGCCCAGUGCCCGCAUCGCCAUCCUCGGCCUGCAGCACGCCGUCCUCUCUGCGACGCAGCCUGCCGCCGCAGCUGCCGCGCUGCCACUCGCAGCCAUGUGACCUGCUGCUGCUCAAACCAGGUCUGAAGAGACGGAGAGACCCCGACCGGCCGUGCGCCCGCCCCGUGCUCGACUUCACCAAGAUGACUCAGACCCGCAGCAUCGACCCGCAGUGUCUGGAGCGUGGCGGCGGCAGGCUGGCCUGCGGCGGGGACGUCUGCAUGGGCAUGGAGUCCUUCAUGGGCGACUUCCGGCGCUCCUGCUCUCCAGCCGAGUGCCUGGGCAGGACCAGCAUCGGGCCGCUGAGCGAGAGCGACGAGGAGUGCCGCGAGGACGACGAUGAGGACGAGGGGGAGGAGGAAGCUGGCGAGCGUGAAGCGGCAAAGCAGGCGGUGUUUGAGAGGGACUGUACAGAACUCGACUUGAACUUAAUAGAAGAAAACUGACGUCUUUGUAAAUGGAAGGCUGUUCUCUGUUUCACUUCUUUAGUUUUAUUUUGAAAGUAUCCGAACCCCUUGCCCAAUUCCUGGACUACCCUCAUCUCAACACUCUACGCCUCCUUGCCACCAAUCAGCAAGGCUCUCAGGAACAACACCUCUCAUUGGAUGAGCUGAGGUUAAGGAAGCUGACAACAGUGAUGAUGUGACGCCGCCGCUUCUGAACCCUCAGCUGUUUAAAUUGGAAAACCAGGAUGUUAGAGGUGAAACUCUGGUCGCCUGCGAUGAAUGGAAACCUCGACACUCUGAGUCCCAGUCUGCAAGUUGUCCUCCAAAAGAUUAACUUCUGCUUCACCUGACGCUGCUCUACGCCAUCGUUAAGGUCCAUAUCUCUGACUGGACUCAGAAUGUCAGGUGUCCAUCAGCGGCUCCGCCUCCUGGCGUCCAGGUGUCUUCCAGCACAAAGCAACUGAGAAACACGUCAGUCUGAUGAGGCUCCGCUCCGCACCGCCAGCCCGACACGCCCUCGCUACUUACCGAGACAUGCUCAGGAUCUAAAGGCUCAGUUCAAAUCACAGACAAGUUAAGAUAACAUUUAAAUACAUACAAUAAACAUUUUAGUUAAUUUUGUUUUGUUCAGUUCCAGUUUAGUCAUAACAUUUUAGAAAUGAUAAACCAGAGCAAAAGUUUUAUGAGAUGUUCUUCAUGGAUAUAACUUCUCUUGUUCUACUGGUUUUAUUUAAACUAAAAUACAAACACUAAUGAAUUAUUUCAGCAGCAGACAAACUGUGAAUUCAGAAUAAAAUAUGAUCACGUCUCUUUUAAGACCUUCAUUAUGAGGGGGGAGAACAAAGAGGAGUACAAAUGAGGCUUCAAGCGUCUGAUUGGUCGACACAGAUAUGACAUAGUGAUGAUACAUAUCAACUUUUUAUACAGAACUUCAAUAAAAUAUAAAAGGAAGAAAAGCAGCUCCAUGAAAUAAACAGGAGAAAACAAACAUGUUAAACUUUAAUAAGAACCUUUCAUUUAACACGCGUGUGACCAAAGUGAACUGAGCCCUCGAACAUGAAUAUUGAUUAAUACAUAACAAGAGAAGCUGCUUGUGUUGAUCAGUUAUUAAUCAGUGAUUCUGAUUUAACAGUCAGAUACAUCUAUUGAUCAGUUUUGAUUCAAUACUAACUAAAACAUGUUGAUCAUUUUAAUCUUUCACUUUAUUUUCUCUCAGCUGUUAAAACCACUGCAUGUCUCGGUCAUGUGACCUUGGCGUAGUGAUGCGUUCAGGUUAGCUGGUGCGUUGUUGCGUCAUCCCAUCAGGUGACACUAAGGGCAGGUAGCCACUGAUGCUGUUGUUCACCUGAGUGUUCUCACAUUCCCACCUCACUACAAAUACCCACUGUGUGUGUGUGUGUUUGUGUGCGUGUGCGUGUGUGUGGUCAUGUGACUUGUGUCCAGAUUAAAUCCAGAUUGUCAUUUGUGCUCCGCUGUCACAUGUUAAAGUUUAAACCAAAUUCCAACUAAAUAUUCAGAAACAUUAAGGAAACGCAAACUGCUGCACGCAUCUUAAAACCUCUGUUGCAUGAAAACGAGGAUUUGUUUUGUUGACAUAAAACUGUCAAUGAGGUGAUUUGUUUUGAAUAUUUUUCUUAAGCGGCAAGUAAUGAAACCUUUUCAGUUCAGAUCUCCUCAAACAUAGGACAACUCAAACUUCUGACCUGCCCUGAAUCUGAUGAAGGGCUCAACCUUUGUUGAGGUGGUCCAAUAAGGUUUCAUUGUGAAUAUCAGAAAAUAAAUGAUAUCUUAAUUUGAGAAGCGUAAACAAACUUUUAUUUGUUUUAUUGAAAAAGAAGCCGUCUGUGUUAAAGUGAAGACGAGUAGCUUCACAGUCUGAUCAGAGAAACGUUACAACUUUCUUAAUCUGGAUUUAAUCUGGACGCUGAGGAUUCACAGAGCCACUGGGUGUGAUUGUGACUGAAAGCAGAUGAAAGUCGUGUGAUUUUCAUUUUUGCUCCGAUUUUUACGAGAGAACAAAAACCACACGUUGAAGGUUUGGAACAUUUUUCCUGCGUUGGUGCUGUUGACAGAUGCGUUAGGACAACGUGGCUUCUUCUUUGACAUGUUUGGUCUUCACAUUCCUGCUGAUCAAAUCAGAUUCAUUUACUUUCUUCCAAACUACCUUUUAUGUCCUUACCUGCGUUCAGAUAGUCCAUCACAGUUGUAUUUUAGUUUUGUUACGGAAGUGUUGUUGUCACGUGGUGAGACGGUUGAAACUUCAGACGUCUCUUUAGUGAUGCAGUCAUUCAGAGUAGCUUCUAAAAACAUAUUCAGAGACAAACUUUACUCCAGAAGACAAUCAACAGGAACAUUACAAAACAUGUACACACAGCCGGUGUAACACACAAAAACUGACUAUGUCUCAGUGACACACAAAAACUGACUCGGUGUCCCAGUGACACACACAAACUGGCUAUGUCCCAUUGACACACACAAACUGACUGAGUUUGUAACUGACACACAAACUCACUGAGUGUCUCAGUGACACACAAACUCACUGAGUGUCUCAGUGACACACAAACUCACUGAGUGUCCCAGUGACACACAAACUCACUGAGUGUCUCAGUGACACACAAACUCACUGAGUGUCCCAGUGACACACAAACUGAGUGAGUGUCCCAGUGACACACAAACUGACUGAGUGUCUCUGUUACACACAUAUUAUGUCACUUAUUAUUGACAUAUAGUCACCAUUACACACAGGACCAUUAUGAAAACAAUCAGGUAGAGUGUUGUAGAAAUCAGAUUUCAAAUUGUCCCUGAAUGCACCAAAAAUACUGCAACUUUUGUUUGGCCACAAAGAACUAGACUAAAGUCAAUGUGACUGUGAUGGAUUAUCAUAUUUCUAUUUUGGCGACUUAACUGUUAAAUCUUCAGAUGAUUAUUUUAAAGAGAAAAAUGAACGUGAUGAAAGUUGGGAUUGUUCGAGGUUUGAUCUGACGAGAGUUUGUCUGUGUGACAAACUUGUUUAAUAAACUUAAGGAUUCAUUUGCUCAGAAUUAAGAAACAAACGAGAAGAAGAAAUGUCCCAGCAUAACACAAACACACAUGUUGUCAUAGGGCACCUUUGGGGACCCAGACUUGCAUUCAUUUCCUGGAGGUUUAACUCAACUUUAACGUGUCCCCACAUGUGGCCUAUGACAGAGAUCACACACUGACCCACCCCCCCACCCCCCUCCAUCCGCCCCCAUGUUGGUAGGUUUGUUUCUGCAGAUCAGUCCAUUACACCCAGCAUACGCCUUAACUGAACAUAUUCUACUAUUCUGUAAAUCAAAAUGUUCAAAAGAAAAAAGGUAAAGACAAACUAACGGAGAAGAAAUGGAAACGUGUACUGUAGCUGUUCAAUUUUUAGUCCUUCUGUUGGUUAUCUGCUGUUUUUCUUAAUAUUUCUAAUCUGAGCGCGGCGAGAUGUCGUGAUGAUGAUGAUGAUGAUGAAGAUGAACACAUCGUGUUUAGGGGAAAAAAUAAAAAGCUUCAGGAGGAGGAUGAGCGGUCGUGUACAAAGUUAGCGCAGAGACUCGGACAUCUCUCGUCUUUUAGAAAUGUUUUUUAUUGUAUGUGAUUAAAAGGAAAAAACAAUAUGGCAAUUUGAAAAGCAGUUUGUGAAUAAAUUAAGUUUAAUGAGAAUUAUUUUACAAAGAAAGAAGAAACUGGCGUCCUGUCCUUCUUCAUUGCUCAAAUCA